UCCUCCUUCCUGAUAGAAAAACAACAGGGAGGCUAUAUAAGGAGGGACAGAGGAGGAGGAGGCUUGUUUUUGUUCAGAGAGUUGCAGCCACGCAGAGCUGAACAGAGGGUAGGAAACUUUUUAACCAAAGGUUGGGGCAGUAAGGAGGCGCCACAGAAAUGUGGGCAGGCCUCAGUCUGCUCCUCACUCUCUGCCUGCUCCAUGGGGGUGGGGCAGAAAGUGAGGGGGGAGGGCCCCGCUGUCAGCCACCUUCAGACUGGAGGAUAGGAGACGUGGAGCCUAUGAAGGGGUCAGUAGGUCGAGUGACGGUAGUGGCCCUUUUACAGGCCAGCUGACUGUUCUGCUUGGUGCAGGCUUCCAGACUAGAUGGCCUGCAGCAGAAGCUGGAACGUCAGGGUCUUAAGAAUGUGGUCUACAUGGUCGUUAACCACCAGGGGGAGCAAUCACGACAUCUGCACCCUUUGCUGGAGGCCAAACUUUCCAAGAACAUCAUACUCUACAAGCAGGACGGGCAACAGCCUGAUGUUUGGCAGACUCUGGCUGGAGAGAAAGAUGACUUUUUCAUUUAUGACAGGUGUGGCCGUCUAACCCACCGCAUUUCACUUCCAUACUCCAUCAUUGGACAGGGCCAUAUUGCGCAGGCAAUCAAAGACACCUACUGCAAACGCCUAUGUGGCGACUGCACACAUGAGAGUACUGAGAUCCCAGAGGAGUGCAAAGAUAAUGCAGAGGUCCAGCCUGAUGUCCCAGCUGAACAGGACGACACCAGACAUGGUCAUCACCAUGGUCAUGGUCAUCAGAAUGGUCACGGUCAUCAGAAUGGUCACGGUCAUCAGAAUGGUCACGGUCAUCAGAAUGGUCAUGGUCAUGGUCAUCAGAAUGGUCACGGUCACGGCCACCAUGGGGAUAAUCACGAUGUUCAUCCUCGUGGCUUUGGCCAUGGCAGUGAUCACAACAAUGGCCAUCAUCAUAGAAAUCACAAUGGUGCCGACCAGACACAGCACGGUGUUAGACCACAUGGGCAUUUCCAUGAAGGUGACAUGCCUCAGACCCAGCAUCAUUUUGAUUUAGGCCAGAUUCCCCAGGACGUGCACAAUCAACAGGUGGCACAGGAGGCUCAUGCAGUCAUUGAAAGGCCUUGAUUAUCUAGGAAGAACAGGUGAAAGUUAAAGUACAACUGACAGGGUCUGACGGGCUCUGACAAUGAAAUUAAGAGCAGCUGAUGCUGACACUGACGCAGGCUGUUUGGCGAGGCAGGGAGUGAGCAGCCAGUCGGUCUCUGACACUGUGAUGAGGCGUUACCCACCUCCUGACGGUGACACGGGCUGAUAGGCGAUGCAGUCAAUGACGUUAGGGAAACCUGACAGUGACGCUUGCCUCACGCUGCCUGACAGGAGCCUCAGCCAGCCCAGUGAGCCUGACCCCCAGGUGUUGUUAGCUGAGGAUGAGAGCAGCUGUAAGCUGGUUCUGAUGUCAGCUUCAUAUUAACACCAGUCAGCAACACCGGGGCCAAAUGCUCUUUUUACCAACAAGUAUUACCCUGAGAGAGGAGGGUGGGCAUUCCUGACAGUAGAGCAAUGGGUUAAAUUGGAGUCAAGCAGCUAUUGUGAGCUUAUCAUUGAAGUAAUUUGAAUAUGAUUUAAAGAAUAUCGCAAUUUUAACUAUCUCAAUGUAUCUGUCAGUGGGUUGCCCUCCUCCUUUCUCAGGAGUGUAUGUGAUUGUCAUGUUUUCAAAUUAGCCCCCCCAUUAUGUUUUUUCCAUCCUUUAUGAAACCAGAUGCAGAAACUAUGAUCUAGUGGCGUCUGUAUGAUGUCAGGCUGGAGAAAAAGGAGAGGGUAGUUCAAAACAUGAUAAACGCUUCAAAGUUUUUAAAGUUCAGAAGUAGAAAUGACACAAAAAACUGCAAAUAAAAGUGAAAGUAAUUUAGAGGAAAUAGUAAACAAGAGCAUCACAGUUUAUGAAUUAGUUAAAAAUAUGUCUUAAGGUUGUAUUUGCCUUUUUAUUAGGGAAGUCCAAUAGCACUGAUCCAUUACUGAGGAAACCCCCUAAAAGACAUUUAAAUAAAUCUAAAAACUAUAGACCAAUCAUUUUUUUGUGGGGCAUUCUAUCGAUUAUCAUUCUUAAGUACAUAUAUAACAGCAGUAACUAACACAUGUUUUGUGCACAAGCUUUAACAUAUCUCAGGUGUGACCUUUUUCCAUAAGAGAAAAUCUUCAAAUUUUGAGUACUAACAGUACAAUUUAUUCUUUCACUUUUCUUUUUACCAAAUUUGGUAUUUAGCCUUCAGAGUUCACACAUUGCUACAAGGCUUCUUUUCUUUUCUUUUUUUUUGAAGUUCAGGAAGACAGCAAGGAAAACGAGAGUAAAGCAAUGAAUGACUGUUUGAAUACGCUCUGUUCUUAGUGAUGGUUUCAGUGGGAAGACAUCAGUCACCCUGAAAACCUGAAGAUCGGACAGAGAACUGUAUUGGAAUUGUAUGCAAGGUGAAAAAUGAGAGUUGAAUAAAGAUGGCUCAAUUACUCUUCUA